CUUGACCUGUGCUUCGUCUCGUACCUGGAGGCAGCAUAAAAGCGACCAGAGCAAAGGCAGCAUAAAAAAGCGACCAGAGCAAAGGCAGCAUAAAAGUGAAAGCAAGGCUGGAGAACUUCGGAGUUCAGGGACUGCUCCAAAAUGUUUCCUGCUCUAAAUUUGCUUCUCUUGCCUCAUAUGCUCCUACUGGCAAUGACUUCAUAUUCUCACGCACUGCCCUUCAGCAAUGAGACUGAUCUCGAUGCCUUGCUAGCAUUCAAGGCAGGUCUAAACCGGCAGUCAGAUGCACUGGCCUCAUGGAACAAAAGCACUGACUUGUGCCAGUGGCGUGGUAUCAUGUGCAGUCACAGGCAUAAGCGAAGGGUAUUAGAACUGAAUCUCUCCUCGACUGGGCUUUUUGGGUACAUAGCUCCUUCCCUCGGGAACCUCACAUACCUGAGAAGUUUAGACCUCAGCUACAAUCUGCUACACGGCGAAAUCCCACGGGCGAUUGGCCAGUUGACGCAAAUGUCAUAUCUUGACUUGUCAAAUAAUUCACUCCAAGGUGAAAUGCCUUGGACAAUUGGGCAGUUACCACGGUUAACUUACCUAUAUCUAUCAAACAAUUCACUUCAAGGGGAGAUUACACAUGGCCUGCGGAACUGUACUCACCUUGUAAGUGUCAAACUUGACCUGAACAAACUUGAUCGAGAAAUCCCUGAUUGGCUUGGUGACUUGUCAAGUAUAGAUACCAAUUCAAUAGGGAAGAACAGCUUCACUGGGACCAUCCCACCAUCACUUGGGAACCUCUCAUCGCUGCGGAGAUUAUACCUCAAUGAAAACCAGCUGAGUGGUCCAAUCCCUGAGAGCCUUGGCAGGCUUGGUAAGCUUGAGGCUCUAGCACUGCAAGUAAACCACCUAUCAGGAAACCUUCCAACAAUGCUCUUCAACAUUUCAUCCCUCAUCCUCGUUGGUCUCCAAAUGAACCAACUGCAUGGCACACUGCCCUCCAAUUUGGGCAAUGGCCUGCCACACAUCCGAUACCUUAUCCUUGCUCUGAACCAUUUCACGGGAAGAAUUCCAGCUUCAAUUGGAAAUGCAACUACAAUCCAAUCUAUGGACCUCUCUGGUAACAACAUCACUGGAGUCGUGCCUCCAGAGAUUGGAACACUCUGCCCAAAAUACCUGAUGCUUAAUGGAAACCAGCUGGAGGCAACCACUGUUCAAGACUGGGGGUUCAUCACUUCCCUGACAAAUUGCACAAGCCUUCGUUGGGUCACAUUGCAAAACAACAAGUUUAGUGGUGGGUUUCCGCGCUCUAUUGCAAACCUGUCAGGGCAACUUGAAGCCCUAGACAUCAGAUACAAUGGGAUAUCAGGCAAGAUACAAAUUGGCAUUGGCAACUUUCCCAAACUAUUCAAGCUAGGGCUAUCUGGCAAUCAGUUAACCGGCCCCAUACCAGACAGCAUAGGAAGACUGAACAUGCUCCAGUUCUUGACACUAGAGAAUAAUCAACUCUCCGGGAUGAUGCCGCCCUCGCUCGGGAACUUAACACAAUUGCAGCACCUUUCAGUAGAUAACAAUAUGUUGGAGGGACCUCUUCCAAUGAACAUUGGAAAUUUACAACGACUUGUCAGCGCAACCUUUUCGAACAAUGCGCUUUCAGGUCCAUUACCGGGAGAGAUCUUUAGCCUGUCAUCCUUGUCAUACGUUCUGGACUUGUCUAGGAAUCAUUUUAGUAGUUCCCUUCCAUCCCAGGUUGGUGGUCUUACAGAGCUCACAUACUUGUACAUCCAUGAGAACAACUUGUCUGGGCUGCUGCCAGAUGCUCUCAGCAAAUGCCAGAGCUUGAUGGAGCUCCGUUUGGAUAAUAACUACUUCAACGGUAUGAUUCCUUUGUCUGUAAGCAGAAUGCGAGGCUUGGCACUGCUGAAUUUGACCAAAAACAGGCUCACAGGAGGAAUCCCUCAAGAGUUAGGACUCAUGAGUGGCCUGAAAGAACUGUAUCUUGGACGGAACAAUUUGUCUGCACAGAUCCCAGAGACCUUGGAAAGCAUGAUAUCACUCUACCGACUCGACAUAUCCUUCAACCUUCUUGAUGGGCAAGUCCCAGCACAUGGUGUGUUCACCAAUUUGACUGGGUUCACUUUUUAUGGGAAUGGUAAGCUUUGUGGUGGCAUUCAAGAGUUGCAUUUGCCUUCAUGUCCAUCCAAAGCAAUUGGGGGCGGUCAAAGGAUACCCCGAGUCAUUCGAAAUGCAAUGAUCCCGAGCAUUAUAAUCAUCUUUGUGUGCUUUAUAGUGGGACUAGGUUUCUUCUCACUGAAAAAUAAAUUAAGACUGCCAUCUGUAAGAGCAACUUUGGUAGCUCCUUCCUUGAUGGGCGACAUGCAUCCUCGAGUUUCUUAUUCCAACUUGUUCCAAGCAACAAAUGGCUUCACAACUGACAAUUUGGUUGGUACUGGACGAUAUGGAUGUGUUUAUAAGGGGAGGAUGAUGCUCAAGAGGUCAGUAAGUACUGUGGCUGUGAAGGUUUUUGACCUUGAACAAUCUGGUUCCACAAAAAGUUUUGAGGCAGAGUGUAAGGCACUUGGCAAAAUUCGCCACCGUAACUUAAUUAGUGUUAUAACUUGCUGCUCUUGCUUUGACUUUAACCAGAAUGACUUCAAAGCCAUUGUUCUCGAUUUCAUGCCUUAUGGGGGUCUUGAUAAGUGGUUACAUCCAGACAUAUAUCCAUCCAAUCCAGUCAAAAUUCUAACAUUAAUGCAGAGACUGAGUAUUGCUUUUGAUGUUGCCGCCGCUCUAGACUAUCUGCACAACAACUGCCAGCCAACAAUAGUUCACUGCGACUUGAAGCCCAGCAAUAUUCUUCUUGGAGAGGAUAUGGUUGCUCAUGUUGGGGACUUUGGCCUUGCAAAGAUACUCAUAGAUCCAGAAGGGGAGCAAUUGAUCCAUUCAAAGAGUUCCGUAGUGGGAACAAUUGGAUAUGUGGCUGCAGAAUACGGUGAAGGUGGUCAAAUAUCUACAAGUGGGGAUGUGUAUAGCUUCGGUAUUGUCCUCCUUGAGAUGUUUACAGGGAAGACGCCUACACAUGGUAUGUUUACAGAUGGAUUGACCUUGCUCGAGUACGCAAAGAUGGCAUAUCCAGCACAACUGAUGGAGAUUAUUGAUCCCCUUCUGCUAUCAGUUGAGAAGACACAGCGAGAUAUUAAUAGUUACAUGUACUCUAUCACAAGACUUGCCCUAGCAUGCUGCAGAAAAAGACCAACUGACAGGCUGUCCAUAAGAGAUGUCGUUUCUGAGAUGAACAAGAUAAGGGCUUGCUAUGCUGUAGAAGUAACUAGGAAAUGUAGUUCAGAGUGAUGGAGCAUCAGUGCCUUGUUCUUGAGCACUAGUUUCAUAAGAUAACAAUGGGAAAUUAUUAUUUAUACCAAUAUAAAAAUCAUGAGUUGAACUUGGUGUACUUUUGAUCUGUCAACUUCAUUUCAUAAUUAUUCAUCCAGUUAUUGUGGACAAAUGUUACGACCUCCCCUAAUAACACUUUCACCUAUGGCCUCUUAGUAUACUUACUUUGUUCUGUUACUCUCUAAUUUAUAUUGUAUAUGUGGUAAUUCUUAUUUUUACGUGCAUAGAGAAUUUGUCCUUUUAAGUGAUAUUGUUUUUAUGAAAAGAUCUCGUGCCUAUGCUUUCAAGAUGUGAUGUAAAAUUCCAAACAAUGUGUUUUUUGUAAUUUAACAUGAAACUAUACAAUGAUAGAUAUAUGUGAGCUUAAAAAUGUGCUUCUAAUAUGUUCGAUUCAGUAUUUACUAACAUUUCUUAAAAAAACGAACAUGUUUUUCUAUAGUUUCUUCCACAUCAAUCAACAAUACUGAAGGCACGAAAACAUUUAAUUUUCUAAUAGCCUACCCCAACUUGUUUGGGACAAAAGGCUUAGUAAGUAGUAGUAGUAGUAGUAGUAGUAGUAGUAAGUAUACUUGAAAAAACAUAAAUGUAUUUGUUUUCAUGUUAUUCGAACGUGCUCUGCACAUGCACAGUUACCGGCGUUGAGAUGGGACGGAGUCCAAAAACUAGAGAGCAAGAGAUGGAAUCAAGGUCGGUGUUUAAGGGAGCAUUCCAAUAAUACACCUUCUGAACUGAAUUGUUUGAGGAUGUUUUUUCAACAUCAGAUUAUCGGCUUUUCCAUCCUUCAGUUCAACGCUGCAAUGCAGCUAUUUUGCAUAUUUUGUAUAAAAUACCAGGAAGGCAAGAAAAUCUAACAUUACUUUUAUCAGAUACACAUGUCAAAUAUCCUUGCUUCAACACAACGGACUGCAGUUCUCUUUCUCUGAUAAAUCUUAUUACUUGCAUUCCCCUAGUACUUAUCCAGAGUUUUGAGUUGCAGGAGCAGCCAUAUGUAACAAUAACUAGUUAUUUUAUAUCUUGGCACAUCCUGGACAGCUAAUUACGAUUAAGUCUAGCUUUAUUUGUUUUCUUGAAAUCACAGCUCAAAUAUUUCUGCAGAAUUUGAAGCACACAAAUACAUGACAUGACAACACACCUGCAAAUAAUUUAAAGAGCAAAGAUGUGUGGAUGAAAACGAUAUACAGUGUCCACCUUGAUUUUGCUGAUCAGACGGCUUCAUUUACGCCAGCCUUCCUUCCCAUUUUUAUUGC